AUGUGUGACAAUUUGACAUCAAUCACACGGAAGGAGCUAACACAACUAUACUGGGUCAACAAAACGAAAACCGAUGAUACUGCUUCGGCCAAGAUUCAGAGAGGGAAAAUAGUGAAAACAAAACUGGGUGAUGCACCACAGAAAGUUGAAGGGAAAAAGAAAAAGGAUGGUGUUGAUAAUUCUCCGGCUAACCAUCAGAGAGUGAAGAUAGUGGAAAUUGGAGGUAAUGAUGCACCAGGAAGAACACCGAAAACUGAUUAUAAGUGGCUUAAAAAACCUGAAGAGUUGGGUCAUGAAAAUAAAGCCCUAUGUGAAAAAAAAAUAAUUUUAGUGACGAUUUCUGAUAAAAAGAAGAUUUCAGACUUUUAA